AUAACCAGGUGAGUAACUGUUAUACUACACUUUGGGAUGCCAACACGCAGAUGCCUAGUGAGUUACCUUGCUGAUGACAAAAAGUUCAUUUUUGAAUGAGCUAUCCUUUUUAUGUGCAACUUAUGUAGGCCUCUUUCUUAGAUUUAGAAAAGGAUUUAGUCUGUAUCUGUACUGUGAUCAUAUCUGUUACCAUCAUGUUCUGUUCUAACAUCUCUCUCUAAACCUCAUGAGUAAUUGAGCUGGAUGUGGUGUAUCCUGCUGUCCACCACUAUCUGUUUUAUCACACAAGCAAGUGCUCAGAGCAAAGACAGGGAUGUGGUCAACAGUCUGUGACCCUCCUUUGCCCAGAGGCUUCUGCAGAAAAGCGUGCUGUUUUUAUACUGUAGAUCAGUAGUCCAGGUCUUAAUUGCACUGCAAACAUUCUUUGUUCUUGUAUGCUAUCCUGAUUGCACACAUUCAGCAAACAGUGAAAUGAGCUUAGGGAACCAAUGAGGCUCACACUGCUUGCAUUAUUACUCAACAUUUUGUUUGCAGCUUUAAUCAGCAGAAAAACUCCAUCAGGGCUGUUCCAGUUCCUGGUCUUGUUUUAGGAGUAGGGUGGGGGAAUAUGACCUAACUAUCGACUUACAAUCCAAACUGUAUAUAUUCAUUGCUUGAAAUUUAGCCAGAAAAUAUUUUAUGCAUUACAUAACCAUGCAGUAAUGCCUAUUUUUUUAAAUAGUUUUAUUAGAUUUUUCAUUCAUGUUUAUUACUUUUUUACAUUUGUUAUUUUAUUAUUAUUAUUAUUUGUUUGUUUAUUUGUACAGGGACAGAGCACAACAACAGUGUUGUGCCAGAGUUAGCUAUAAAGCUAAUUUGCAUCUGCAGUCCCUGGGCAGGAUGCAAAAAAACACUAUAUUAAGUGACAAACAAUACAAUACAUAUAAUACAUACAAUAUCACAUACUACAUUAUAUAUAUAAAAAACAAAAGUCAAUGAUCACUUAUCUGAUUUUCCUAAAGCCAUACUUUAAGCAUAGUUUUAAAACUUACAAUUUAAAGCAACUCAUGUUGUAUAUCAACAAUAUGUUUUUUUUUUGUUUUUUUUGCUACUUUAGAGCCCCCUACAGUUCCAGAGUGAUCAGAAUGAUUCUUAUCUUAUAUCUCAAAUUAUAUGUCUGACUUGAGGCUGUGUGAUGAUAGCUGAAGCCUUCUUAUGAGGUAAACCUAUCUGUCUGGACCUCCGGCUCCCUCCCAGUGCCAGCAGCAGCAGGACUAAGGGAUGUCACAAGUAUUCCUCCUUCUGACCCUGCUCAGUUUCUCCUCCUGCAUCCAGGUGUCAACUGCUGCAUCCCUCAAAACAUUGAUGGCAAGAUGGAUAAUGUAUCGAGAUGAAUGUUUUCGAAAUAUUAGCAGAGAACCGCCGAUGACCGGUCUUGUGUGCAACAGAACAUUUGAUAAGUAUGCCUGCUGGCCGGAUGCCCUGCCCAAUACUACAGUGAGUGUGGCCUGCCCCUGGUACCUGCCCUGGCACAAAGAAGUCCGACAUGGGUUUGUGUAUCUGGAGUGUGAUGAAGAUGGACAGUAUAGCAAACAGAAGAACGCCAGCGAAUGUCUAUCACAUGACCCCGCACAAAUCAACAUGCAACACCACGGACGGGUCCUCAGUCAGUUCAGGACCAUGUACACCAUUGGAUAUUCCCUGUCUCUCGGGGCACUGGUGCUGGCAUUGGGCAUCCUGGUAGCGUUUAGGAAGCUGCACUGCAUGAGAAACAACAUCCACAUGAACUUGUUUGCCUCCUUCAUCCUGCGAGCCUCUUCUAUUCUCAUCAAAGAUGCCAUGUUAGAAAGGCCUGAUGACUUCCAUGUUGGUCAGGACUUCACCACUGAACUGGAGGUGGAGUGGCUGGUUAAAAACGAGACGGCGGUCGGCUGCAGAGUUGCAAUGGUGAUGAUGCAGUACAGUAUACUAGCUAACAACUACUGGCUGCUGGUGGAGGGCAUCUACCUGCACAGCCUUCUGGUCGUGACAGUCCUGACGGAGAGGAAUUACUUCGGCAUCUACCAGUGUAUUGGCUGGGGGGUCCCUCUGAUAUUCGUGUUGCCGUGGGUGAUCAUGAAGUACUUGUAUGAGAAUGAAGAAUGCUGGGUGCAGAAUAUUAACAUGGAGUACUGGUGGAUAAUUCGUUCGCCAAUCCUGCUGGCCGUGUUGAUUAACUUUUUCAUCUUCAUACACAUCAUCAAGAUCCUCGUGUCCAAAUUGAGGGCGCACCAAAUGAGAUAUUCUGACUACAAGCUCCGGCUUGCUAAGUCAACCCUCACCCUGAUUCCAUUACUUGGGAUCCAUUCGGUCCUGUUUUCAUUUGUUACUGAUGAGUCUACCUCACAUGGUGCUCUAUCCCUGCGCCUCACAAAGCUCUUCAUCGACCUCUUCUUCAACUCCUUCCAGGGGCUGCUGGUAGCCAUCUUAUAUUGCUUCGUCAACAAGGAGGUUCAGUCUGAGAUUCUGAAGAAAUGGAGACGUUGGAAGCUUGGGAGGGACAUUGAGGAGGAGUACCGUCACACCUACAGCCAGUCCCUUCAGAUGAAGAGUGGCAGCAUCUUGGUCCCUCCUACCAACCUCUCGCAGCUGCCUGAUAUCGCUACCACUACCUCCCGGCUGGGCAGUCCAGAAGAGAAGCAGAUGUUGGUGUCCAGCAGCCAGAAUGGUAUGGGUCCUGGAUUGCAGUUCACCUCCACACCACAAGAUAGUUCCACCUGCAGUUCGAUAACAGAGGACAUAGUCAUGGUGGACAGGGGAAAGUGUUGUAGCGUUCAACAGGGCAAUGCGAAGAGCAACCUGUGAGCAUAAGGACCUCCAGAUGUCUCACAGAAUAAUACUCAAGCACUCUUGCUUCUUUUGGCUAAGGGUCCUGAAACCUUGACCCUGGCUGGAGCAAGAGGAGUGUGUAUGUGUGUUGAUGUGUGAGUUUGUGAGAGCACUGCGUUCUCUGAUGGACACAUGAUGGGCACCCGUUCAUAACAUUACUUGAUGCUCAGUUGACACCGUCCCAGUCAGGCAGGAUCAGCAGUGAGCAGAAGGUGAACAUACAGUAGGUUAAGAAAGAUUUGCACAAAUGUACAUGCUAAAAAACUCAAUGUGAAGAACAGAGUCUUACCUCUAGUCUUAAAUACAGUAGCUAUCUGUGAUGUUGAUGAUUUAGUAGAGAAAACCCACUGGGACUGCAGGGUCCAAUAGGAACAAUCACAAGAAAACAUCUACAACCAGCGCAUCUGGAUGACCGGAAGAUGUAGGAAAAGAUACACUUAACUGAACUUGUCAAAAACUUUACUAAACCAGCUAAUGCAUUUCAGAGUGCGUGAGCUCCAUUUAAACUGAAGGAACCCCACAUGUCUCUGUAGAAAAUACCAACUUGGACCAGAAUUUCCAUGCAGGUUUAUGCUAUUGUGGUGCUGAUGGACCAGCAAAGCCAAAAAUGAGUGAAGCUGAUUAGUCAAGAACAUUUGCUGAUUGAGUAAGCGAAGAAGCCUUGCACACCAGCAUUUUUGUUCGCAUACCGUAUAUUUUGGAAUCAACUGACGCUUUUGGGUACAUGUAAUAUUUACAGAUGUUUGUGUGUAAUUUAAUUAAAAGCAUCUUUGUCUUUGUUCAAAAUUAAUUGCCAAGCUAAGGUAUAGAUGUAGACUGAUCAAGUAUAACCCGUGUGCCUUUUUCUGUAGGUCAUAGACUCCGAUAUUGAAACAAAUACACAAAGAUUCACCAAGCGAAGUAAGUUACCCAGUCUUCAGAGGUGAAAGUUGCUUAAAGCAGAUUCUGUAUAGUGAACCGGGCAUCAGGCACACAUUAGAUGUGAAUGUGCCACUAUUAAUGAUGAUGAUUUGCUCCCUUCAAGGAAAUAUGCUUGGUCAAGCAUGCAAAAUACAGCCCUAAGUGAAAUGCUUCAAAGGGUCUGGGUCCGUUUCUUAAUGGAGUAGCAUGACAGAUCUGAUUCCCCUGUGUCAGUGGUCAGAAGAGAUGACUGUCCACCAGCCAUGAUGAUAUGUUCAAGAGUCAGUAUUAAUUAGCAACUAUUUCUUCUCUCGCAUACUUCUCAUCUCCUAAUAGGCAUUCAAAUCUUUGCCAUAGAGCUUUGAAAGAUGUUCAGGAAGUGUGAGAACAAGAGCCAGAAAGCGAAGAGAAAAUUUAGAACAAAUUAUAACCUUCAACAUCGAUCAAAAUGAUUCUUCAUUCAGAGGAUAUCUGUCAUGCUCAAUUCAAGAUAUGCUAUAAAAAAAUAUGCAACCGAAAGACACUGACAUGAGAUUGCGGUGAAGUAUAGAAGUGAAGUGUGUCAUUUCUGCAACAUUAUUGCCACAAAAUCUGUUCGUUUGAGUGGCCCAGCUGAGCCAUAACAAUAACAAAGAGACCAUAGGGUUAAGGUUUGUCUGGUUAGUAUCUAUAGUUGAGAUGUCGAGCAACUAUACGUUUAAUUUGAAUGAGAAUCCUAACAGAUGGGAUUCCCCAGUUAUUGACAUUAACUUGAUCUGAACAAUUGUAAAAUAGAGCAUUUGUUUGUAGAAUUCAUUUCUGCAUUUCUGUUUAGUGUCACUAAUGAUGUGUAAAUCACAUACUUCACCUUUAAUGACAAUGAGCAGCUGAUGCCCCAUAUUGUGGCAUUUGUGUGCAUUAUGAUGCACAUUUAUAUUUUCUUUAGGUCAUCAAACACGUGAUGAUAAUAACGAUGAAUAACGCAGAUAACUAUGUGGGGCAAUUUGCACAAUUCUAAUUUAUAAUUGUUAAAUAUGUAGAUAUCUGUAAAUGCCGGUUGAGAUUUUGUUUUGUGGUGUCUGUUAUUUCUGUUGUUUAUGCAGACGGUGUGUAUUCUGUGCUUGCUUUGCGGGGGGAGGGAGAGAAACACGUAGGUCCUGGGUUAGUGUUCAGUUAGCUAAGAAAAGAAACUGCUGGCAUUUUUGUUUUUUUGCAAACAGUCGAGACCAAUUUUGCAUUUUGAGUGAAACCGGAUGAUAUAAUUCAGUCCUUCUGUGGUAAAAGUGAGAUAGUUGUGCCAAUUUUUUUUAAUAACUGCAGGUUAAAGACUCCUACCAAAUCCAGUUAGACUUUUUUUCAAAAGACAGAAAUACUUUAUCGCCACAAGGGAUAAAAGAACAUUAAAUUAUUUGCCUAAGGUUGCCUACCAAAACAAAACAGCCUGUUGAAUAUUUAAAACAGAUUUUUUUAAAAUUGGCAUCAUGAAAUGUUAUCCAAGCAUGAGAGUAAUUUUGAAAGUUGAUAAAUCAUGCAUACACUGGUCUGCCUUCUAUUUCAACUGUAGUCUUGUAGCAAAACUGAAGUGAUGCCAAAUUUUUCAGUGAGGGAACAAAGUGUCUGUUAUGCUCAUCUCUCUGCAUUCAAGCUUCAGAACCUCUUGGAAUAUCUAGGAAUGAACUAUAGUAUCCCAGGAGCCAUGCUUUAGAAACAGGAGAGAUGGAAACCUGAAUCUGUGAAACAUUUGACAAAUAGAGCCCAUUGUUUUUUAAGUAUCUGAAUGGUAAUGAUGUUGCACCCAAAGUAUGAUAUGCUCACAAAUUAUAUGGACAGAUUUUUUGGAGCUUGGUAGUAUAUCAUCUGCUUUUCUUGUACAGAAAUGAGCAGCUUUGACAUUCUAAUAUCUCAUUUGAAAUGUCAUGCAAUGGUUUGACAAUGAUUAAUUUUUAGUGAACUGUUCCUUUAAUUUUAUUUGUUGGCAAAAACUCAAACAUGUCACUAUAUCAAGUCAUUAUAUAUUACUAUUUUCUCACGCAGUCCUAGCAAAAAUAUCAUAAAACAUCUUUUUUUCCCCCUGAAAUACUUUUCCCUUUGACUGCAGUGGCUUUGGUUGAAUGUAUUGUAUAUUUAUCUAUAAGGAUUCCCCUCAAAUUAUAAUUUUUUUUAAUUUAUCACAGUGUUUGUGUUUCAUAGUAUACCUCAGCCACAUUGAAAAUGACUGAUGCAAAAUAAUAAUUCUAGAACACUGCCAUUAUAUUCAAAGAUCAUGUCUACACUGUAAACAGACAGUGUUGAAGCUUUGCUCAUUUUAAUGGGUACGUUCUAGUUUUGUGUUGUGUAGCUCUCUUGCAAUGUAGAUGGGCUGAUGGUAUGGUUGGCCAGACAUGCUGUAGAUUAAAACGUGUUUGUGUAAUGCUUUUUUUUAUUAAUUGUGAUAUCAAGAUGGUGAAUAAAUAAAUUAAAGUAAAAAAAAAAAAGAAAAAAAAUAUAUGUAUAUAUAAAAUACAUGGUUUGUCUUUCACAAUUGUUAUGAAUUUGUACAAUGUAAUUCACAUGUUUUCGUAUGAUCUGUUUACACUUCGCUGAUGGGUGGACCUUCAUGCUUUUUUUUUUUUUUUUUAGCUUCUUUGUACAAAUUUGUAUGAAAUCAUAUAAAACCUUGUACAAUAGUUACAUUUUCUCAGGAUACCAGGUUGGUUUAUACUGUGAAUUUUGUCUUAAAGCCUUGAUUAGAUGUUUAAAACUGUUUGAAGGUUAGUUCGAAGGUUAUAUUGGCUUCAUAUACUUGUACCUGUAUACUUUUUAUGUUUUGGCGAUUUAGUGGCUAUAACAUGUAUGAAUUUGUGCAUUUUCAUGCAAUGUCUAUGAUCCACUGAUGGUUAGGUUUAUGGGUUGGACUUUUAUGCUAUUGUGAAUCACAUCAAAUAGAUUCAUCCGAAAACACUUAAACCCUCAUAAAAUACUUGUGUUCUCAUGAAAUUGGGUUGGUGAAUUUUGGCUCAACAAGCCUUUCCGGGAUGUUUAAAAGUGAUUAUUUUACAUACAUAAACUUAACAACUACCUUACUAAGUAUUCAUAAGCAGCACAUUAGGAGUUUAUUGAGGCAAAACUAUAGUAAGUUAAUAGUGAGAACUGGUCUUCAAACGAAAGUGUGUACUUGUGUUUUUAUAUAUAUAUAUAUAUAUAUAUAUAUAUAUAUAUAUAUAUACACAUAUACAUUUACUAUAUACAUUUUUGCAAAAAACAAACAAAAAUAAAACCACUUCCCUAUAUACAGUAUACAAUUCACUUUAGUUUCCCACUGAAAAAACACCAACAGCUUGUAUUCCUUUUCAUGCAAAUAAUGAUUACAGGUACAGAUUAUAAAUUAACAAAGACAUUUUGUUUUUAUAUAAUGGUUGCUUGCACAAUAUUAUGUUAUGGCCUCAACAUAGUAGGUCCUUGAAAAGCCUGGGAAUGCAUUCAGUUUUUAACAGAUAACAAAUUCAAGGCCAUAAAAGAUUAAAUGGCUUAAGUUUCUUCAAUGCACAGAUUUUUUAACAAUAAUGUUAAUAUCUUGUCCCAGCAAGAAAGCAAGAGCUCUGCACACUGACAAAAACAAGUUUACUUCCACUGGCUUUCAGUGACCAUGGAUGGAUUACAAAAUUAAAUUAAAAAAUUUCAAAGGACACAGUUUAAAAGUAGAUAAAUGAACUUGAGUGGAAAUUGUGAUGUUCACACAUUAUACACUUAAGUAAUUUGUUCUGAUGAAUCUCCCUGAACCAGGCUUUGAACGCACACUUAGAGCUGUUGUUUAUAUCUGUACCUGCUGGUAAAAAUAGCAUAAAUACGACCAGGCGUAUCCCCCAUCAAAUAAUACUGGAAAUGGCAUUGUGAAGUGCAAUUUCCCUCCCUUUAUUUCUUUAUCCUCAUGACGUACAGACAUAAUUGUCAAAAGUCAUAAUGACAAUGAUAGAGGGGCAAUUUUGUAUCUGCUAUAAAUAUUGCUCAUAAUGGGACCAUUGCUUCCUCUCAGGUUUUAUCAGUUCCAUUAGAGCUUAAUGGACUCAUUCACGAUGUGAUUAUGAAGUCAGCUCUUAAACCUCUUUCUCGGAGUUAAACUGACUUACUUUGACUCAUGUUGAUAAAGUAAGUGGGCUGAGUUUGAUCUGUUGUGUUGGUUUAUUGUUAAUUGUAUUGGCCUGAUAUUCAGUCCCUGGAGGUCACACCGUAAGCAGUGUUUUGAAUGCAUUAUUGUUCAUUACCACAAUUAACUUGUACAAUGACUGAAUACCUAAUUUCUCAUUGCAACUCAUCAAGCGAGCAUCAUGAACGAUAGGGUACUGAAAUCUUCACUGUGAUUCAGAAAUCUUCUAGAUUGACCAGAUUUACCCAAUACAGUACAUUCAGAAAAUGUAUGUUCCAGUUUCAGCUGUUAGGCUCACUGACUUGAAAUGUGAUACCAAUAAAAGUGGGAAAUUAAAUAAGUUUACUGUGCCCA